CAGAAACCAUGAGUAAUUGCCUUAAUACAGAGACGAGUAAACAGAAGCCAGAAUAAUCUGGUUCUUUGAAGCAAUAAACACAAAUAUGGAUUCGCCUAUUGUGUCUGAUAUCACUCUGAAAGUGAAAGUCAUGCCCAUUUUGAACAUCCCUAAUUGAUAAGUAUAGCUGAUGAAUGGAGGCUUAGGAUCAACCCAGUACUCAAAUGAGUAAAAUACAAAUCAAGUGGUUGUCCCAACAAGAGCCAUCCAGAAUAAGUGUGUAAACGCUCCAAUCCCCCAUCGCAUGGACAGCCCUAGAUUGAUAGCCCCAGCUGCUGCAGCAACAAUAUGAGGAACUAUAAAGAAGUUCAACUGAAAUCCGUCUCAGAAAAUGUUAUAAAAUAUGAUUAAGCAGAUGGAUGCCACUAUUGAUAAUGAAGCUCCGAUUUUUUUGAAUUUGGUCCAUUUGUCCAUUCUGAAGAAUAUAGCUCAUCACAUAAUGAUAAUAGGAAAGAUUGGUUGCCAAAGUAUCACAAUAUGAAAGUUGUAGACAAUAGUUGUUUUGACAAAUAGCAUGUAUCCCAUAAACAAGUGUAGCACGCCAGCAAGUAAGAUAUGAGGAGUCUCUUGACGAGUCGGAAGUCUGAAUUGUUUGUUAAGUAAUGCCAAAAUUCCUGAUAUAAUAGCCAUCCACAUAAACCUUAUACACCAACUUAACGACCUCCUCGAUCCUAAUUCAUUCAUCAAAGUUCCAGCCACAUAAACAUCAUGCCCUGCAUUUCCAAGCUGAACAAGAACCAUGAAUGCAAAUAUCAUACUCUCAAACGUCAGAUACGGAACUAU